UGUAAAUUGACAGUGGUGUGAGAGCUGAGCAGUCGAGGAAGGCAGGAAGAAAGGGUGUUCAUUGAAGCGAGGACUGAGUUUACAGUCUGUCACGUUACUGUUAUAUAAUUUCGUUGUGUGUCUCGGCGGCGUGUUCCCUCUCUUGUUGAUUACUAGCCGUUCAAACCGGAAUGGCCGAACCCAAUGCCAGAUAUCAGCAGCUGCCCAAUGAGGAGGACCCAGAAGAAAAUUCACAUGUAGCAGCAGACGCUCCACCCCCAUACAGCAGCAUAGCGGCGGACAAUGCUGCCUACUUUGACUACAAGGAAGACGGGGCUUUCCCCAAGCCCCCAUCAUACAACGUAGCGACUACGCUACCUUCCUAUGAUGAAGCAGAAAGAACCAAGGCAGAGACUGCUCUUCCCCUGGUAACCGGAAGACAGCCGCAGCACAGGGAACACCUGGAGACUUUUGACGAUGUAAUUCGCAGUUCACUGGAGGAUGAAGACUUUGUGGCCAGAGACGACUUUGAAGAUGCUGAUCAGCUGAGGAUAGGAAAUGAUGGAAUCUUCAUGCUCACUUUUUUCAUGGCAUUCCUGUUCAACUGGAUCGGUUUCUUCCUGUCUUUCUGUCUGACCACCUCAGCAGCUGGCCGCUACGGGGCUAUCUCAGGCUUUGGCCUGUCCCUUAUUAAAUGGAUCCUCAUAGUCAGGUUCUCCACAUAUUUCCCCGGUUACUUUGAUGGACAGUACUGGCUGUGGUGGGUGUUCCUGAUGUUGGGCUCCUUGCUCUUUCUGCGAGGAUUCAUCAACUAUGCCAGAAUCCGCAAGAUGGCUGACACCUUGUCCACCUUGCCCCGCACCCGAGUCCUCUUCAUCUAUUGAACUCCAUUGUUUUUUAUCAUCACCCCCCCCCCCCCCCCCAUUAAAAAAGGGAGAAAAUAACUUUUUUUUUCUUCCACUUGACAUGAUUUGGACAAUAUGUCUAUUGUCUGUAAAAUAUUGAUUGCUAAAAAAAUCUGUAAAAUACCCUCAGUUGUUAGUGGAGAACUGUCAAGCGCUAUUUGCAAUUAUGAAAUGUGUGAUGUAUAAAUUAAUGCCUUAUUUACUGUUUUACUAGCUGUUAUUAGCAGCAGCAUGCACUGAUCUCCUGUUUAGCCACCAGGAGGCAGUCUUGUUUGUGUUGUUGUUCAUAUAGAGAGGCGGUACCCAGCCCAUGGGCCAGUGGGUAAUUUUGGGGUUAUGGGUGGAUUUAUGCAGUGUGAAAUAAUAUAUUUUACUGUGCUUUUUAUCUUCUUGACCAAUAUUUGUUAUCCUUGUAUUGUUGUGCAAUAGUUCAGGUAAAACAAGACUGAAGGUAAAAUCAUUAGGUUAAGUGGGGGGCACUGAAAAGGUUCAGUCCACAUAGAAGAUCUGGGUCCAAGUUUGCCCUUCCUCAUUUAUUUAGAUAUUGUCCAUACGUACACACAGUUCAAUCAAGAAUGUUGUUUCCUUUGUACAUGUUUGCUCAAGGACACAGUGAUAGGGAUGAAAUAAGCUGCAACUGGAUCAUUUUUGUUAAAUAAAUGAUUCCAACUCCCUAUCUGAGUCACUGGCAUCCAAUUAGUUACCAAUGAGGAAAACAUGAUUGUAUGGCCAGAUGUGAUUUGGAAAUCCUGCCCUGUGAAGAACAAGGACUAUUAAUACAGAGCAGAGAUUUUUAUUUCCUUUGACGUUACAAUGAAAUAAUAAAAAAGUCAUCUAUUUCAUGUUUACCCUUAUUCUAGUGGAAGUGGAAUGAUACUUUUUUGUAUCUGGCUUGGAAAAUGUCUUGAAUUAAAGUGGAAAAGUACAUUUUGUAUUGCGCUAUAUAUUAAAUAAAUGGUGAACGCUUUCAGUAAAA